CCGAUCCACAUCUUAUCCGAGGACAAACGCGGCCAGACCCACGUGAUACACACGCCUUCGUUACGAAGACUCGGGCUUGAGAAAGGUGGGCUCGACAGUUUUUCCACGUCGUUUCUCAUCGUUGCGUCGAUGGGUGACACAAGGGUCAACGAGGAAGUGCCGUUUGCGCUUGACCGAAUGACCGGGAUGGAUCAGAAUCCGGAGGAAUAUCGCGCCGAACCGACGAAAAACGAGUCCGAGAACGAGAGCAACGACGAGGAUUAUGCGCGUUCGCCCGUGUUGCUGGAUCUGGACGAGAACUCGAAGCAGCAGAAGGCCACGGGUCAGGAAGUGAGCUCGCCGAGUUCCGCGGUGGAUCAGCAACAUCUGCAGGAUCAAGGACUGAUACCAGACGAAGCCGCGCGCUCUCAUCAGUCGUUAAGAAACAGAUGGCAAGAGGCGAAUUUCGUGGCGCGCAGCGGCGAGCAGAAUCCCGAGGGGGUGCUGGUAAUUAGAGUGCCGGAACCGGAAAUGAUCGGGAGCCACUCGCAUCUCGAGAUGCUUCACGAGACCAACAUCAGGUCGGUGUCACGGGAACCGUCGCAGACCGAGAAAGACUACAAGAAGUCGGCGUGCGAUCGCGAGCGCACAAGAAUGCGCGACAUGAAUCGCGCAUUCGAACUGCUCCGCUCAAAGUUGCCGAUCUGCAAGCCGCCCGGCAAGAAGCUAUCCAAAAUCGAGUCGCUGCGCCACGCUAUCACGUACAUCAGACACCUGCAGAGUUUGCUGGAGCCGCAGUACACCUAUUUACCUGGCGUGCCCGAUCGACCCAGCCACGGUUACUACGUCGCCCCGCGCAAUAUCCCGCCGGCGUCCUUCGAGGUGCAACAUCCGGCGGCACGUUGGGAGUCUUUGGCUUAUUACAGAUAUGAUUACCACGCGCCCUUCGCCGCCCCGUCGCCGCCGACUCUGGUAUCGUCCCUGCAACCGAGACUGCCGAUCGAUCAGGACGACCGGCAGUUUCCUUACGAAGCGCGUCAUUAACUUUCACACUCAGUGCGACUUGAAAUUAAAUAGUUACGGGAGAAUACGUAUUUCUGUCUCAAAGAACGACUUGUUUUCGACGAAGAAACGUGAUUUUUAAUUAAAUAAUGUUGGGAAAAAUAAUUUUAUGUGUGUAAAAAAAAAA